AUGGCCGACGAGGAACAACCAGCCGCCUCCGUCUCCAGUCUACGGGCGAGGUUCGAGCAACUGCAAUCGCCUGUGUCCCCCGUAUCGGCCAAGGCCUCACCAAUCCUUGCGAAGCCUGUUCACGCCGCGACAGUGUCUGCGACGACCAAGACGGCCUCAGCUUCGCUCGUCGAUGAGCCUGCCCCCGCAGUGCCCUCUACAUCGUCCUUGGACAAACCUAGUGCGAAACCAGAAGACUUCAAUGAUGCUUCUCGUAAAGUGGACACGAUCAAGGACAAGAAGCCUGCCCCUCCCCCACCGUCUCGACCUCACUACAUCGCCCCUCGCGUCGCCCGCGACAACCCAUCGCCGAGUGCGAUCAACCACUUUCUCUCGUCGACGAAUGACUCAACUGUAUCGUCCGAGCAGGACAAACCAUCAUCCAUAGCUUCAUCGUCGUCCGCGGGGUCAGAGAAGCCCGACGCUCGACUGGUGGCAUCGGAGAAUGGGACUCAUGCUUCGACGCUCAGGCCGGCUCCGACUCCACCACCGAGCCGGUCUCGGGCGAGCUCGACCGCAACUCCGCCAUCACCAGCAGCAGUUUCCGUCGAACCAGUAGUGGAGACUUCAAAUACGAACCCAACUAGCUCAGCACCAACACUGAACGCGAAAUCGCCUCCACACCCCAUCCCACCACUCGCGACUCGACCUACGCUCUCUGGCUCCUUGGCACCUGACCCGGCCAGUACAUCGCCUGCUCGCAAGAUCCCUCCACCUGUACCUGCCUCACGGAAUCUCAGAGCAGCAUCUCCGGGUUCUAUUUCCACAGUCGGCCCCGAAACGGCUCCUCCUUCGUCCAUAUCCAGAGCAUUGACCCCUGAAAGCUCUUCAACCCCACCGAACGGCGACGCCUCCGUUUCGUCGAUCGCGCCAAAAUUCAAGGGUCCUCAAUGGCUGCGGCAUCGUGCUGCGACCGAGUCUAGUGCAGCGCCUACGAUCGUCACCUCGAUGGCUCCCGAUGUCGAAGACCGCCCAGGCGCCAAAGGGGUUCAUGCUCCGGAGCAUUCGUGCGGAUACUCGGACGAAGACGAGGAUACCGAAGAUGCGUGUCAGAGCGGUCUCGAUGACGAAAGCGAACGGAUACGGAGCGAAAGCCCAGAGGAUCUACGUGGACCCCAAUACUCCGUCAGAGCUCGCCCGGUUGUACCCCCGCGACCGAGCAUGGGUGCAAACUCUUACCAACCGCCGAUCUCGGGACCCCUACCACGAUCUCCCACGUCCCCAUUCUCUGCCAGGCCUUUGGCUCCACCGACUCCGACCCGACUACCUUCUUCAAGUGCUGAAGUUGGCUUUGUCCGAUCAGCGUCCUCGAGCACGAGCUCCGGCUCCAUGGAUACCCUACCUCCGCCACCUCGCAAGAUUGCACCUCCAAUCCAAAAGCUGUCCGAUCCCGUGCGAGUCACUCCGAAAGUCCCGACACGUCCGGUCGAUCCCAUUGCAGCAGCUACUCCUUCAAUCUCAGCGCGGCCAUUUAUGUUGUCCGAGCCGGCGUACAUCCCUCCCCCACCUCCGUCUCGGUCUUUGGCCGUCAGUGAGCGACUCGCUCCGCUACGACCCGUCAUCGCGUCGGCUUCGGAAGACGGUGGUAACUCUUCCGACGAGGGUGACGAAGAUUCUUCGAUCUAUGCGAAAGCACAAGAACUACCCGAUGCCACCUUUGCGAAUCGGCGUCCCCCAACACUGAGGAAUCGACGCUCGAUCCAUCCCCAGGGUCAAUUCUACUCCUUCGCUGUGCGAGGGACCAAGCUCGUCACCGGUCAACACCACGUCUACAUCUGGGGGACCGAGAAGAAUUCGACGGCUUCCGAAUCGGUUACUUUACCUGGUGAACACAAGGUCUAUGCCCUCGAGUUCACCCCCGACCAAGACGGGAGGUACGUUUGGGCCGGGACCAAGGAUGGUCACUUGUUCGAGGUCGACAUUCUCGAAAAGGAGGUGACGAUGAUCAAGCACCAUGCUCAUGGAGCACCGGUGAUUGGGAUCUAUCGUUGCGGGAAUGGGAUGUUGACGAUCGAUCAUAAUGGGAAGGUGUUGGUUUGGGGCGAUGUUGGGGAACCUUCGGAUGGAGGGGUUCGGCUGAGCGAGCGGAACAAGGGGCAGAGAGUGCCUGAUAAGCAGAACUUGUGAGUCGAGGGAGAUUGACGGACGCCAGCCAAUGGACACUGAUCACGCUUUCUCAACGCAUCGAUUAGUCACGCCGUCAUCGGGACCCAACUGUGGACUUCGUCCGGCCCGGCAACCAAAUCUGGCGCUUCGGCUUUCGCCAUGCGCUCACCUCAGAUUCGAGUCUUUGACACCUCCGGAUCCCGUCCUUGGACCGUCCUCUCUCGUCCCUUGAUCGUUCCGGACGUCGUGGGUCAGAUCGGCGCCGUGACAGCCUCAGCGGUCGUACCCGCCCUGGAACAGUCCGUCUUCCUCGGUCAUGACAACGGUUACGUCUCAGUUUGGAACCGAGUCACCUUUGUGUGUGAAAAGGUCCAACGUAUCAGUCCGUUCAAGGCAACGGCCAUGGUUGGCGUGGGCAAAGACCUUUGGGUCGGGUACAGGAGCGGUAUAAUCUCCGUUUUGGACGUUUCGUCGAGUGACGUGUGGAUGGUCAAAAAGAUGUGGAAAGCCCAUGCUAGCCCCGUGACCAAACUCAUCAUCGAUCCCACCUCACUUUGGACGGAUUCGACAUUGCAAGUCGCAAGUUCGGGGAGCGACAUGGUCGUUCACCUCUGGGACGGACUCCUUCGGGAUGACUGGCUCGAUGCGGAGAUGCAUCUCCGGCAGCGGGAUUAUUGUACUUUCCGUUCCAUCAAGGCGUUAUGCGUGUCGUGGAACGUUGAUGCCUCAAGACCUGGGGAUCUUAUGGGCACCCAGGCGAAUCUGGACUUUUUAAACGACGUGCUUAAGAGCGUCGAUGCACCGGAUAUCAUCUCAUUUGGGUUCCAAGAAAUGGUGAGUGCAGUAAUGCGCUGGUCAUUGACGCUCGGGGGCUGACUGGAUCGCUUGGUCCAUUCACAGAUCAACUUGGAGGACAAGAAGCUCACAGCCAGUGAGUGGGAAGACCAAGUCGAUUCAGGGAUCUUACCGUGGCGCUGACCCACCUUUUUGGUAAUGUGAUCCCAUAGAGUCGAUGCUUUUGGGCAAGAAAAAAGGCGACCAAAAAUUCGCCGACGGUGUAUCGUCGUCGUACCGAGUUUGGCACGACAAGCUCGUGCACGCUGUUCGCCUCGCCAUGCCGCCCGAAAGCCCUUACGCCGUCGUCCACGUCGGCGACAUGAUCGGCCUUUUCUCGUGCAUCUUCGUCAAAUGUUCGGAAGCGUUGGCCCUGCGUGACGUGGCGCAGAUCACGGUCAAGACGGGAAUGGGUGGUCGAUAUGGUAACAAGGGUGCGAUCCUUUCCCGGUUCGUCAUCGACGACACGUCAAUCUGCUUCAUCAACUGCCAUCUCGCCGCGGGGCAAACUCAUCGUCGUCAACGAGACCGGGAUCUCGUUGAUAUUCUCGAAGAGAAAUCGGCCUUCUCCGAACUUGACGCUCGGUCAUUCGGAGCUUAUGCUCUCGGGAGUGGCGGCACGACAGUCUUUGAUCACGAGCUAGUCUUCCUUUCCGGAGACCUCAACUAUCGUAUCGAUGCUCGAAGGGACGUCGUCAUCCAAGCCGUCAGGGAAGGGAACUAUGAUUCUUUGCUUUCUUACGAUCAGCUUCUACAAGGCCUGGCGACGAACCAAACUUUCCGCUUGCGGUCGUUCAAGGAACCGCCGAUCACUUUUGCGCCGACGUACAAGUACGAUCCGGGGACGGACGAAUACGACACGUCGACUAAGAAGAGGACGCCGGCUUGGUGUGAUCGGAUCUUGUAUCGUCAGUGUUGCUCUGAUCUUGUAUAUUUGUGGGUGAUUCGUACCUUCUGAACUUCCUUUUCUCGUGUUCUCCAGGAGCCGAUCGAGCCGACAAAGUCACCCCCCUCCCAGACCAAUAUCGUCGAUGGGAAGUCAACGUAUCGGACCAUCGACCCAUUUCAGCUGCCUUCGAACUCCGCAUCAAGCGUAUCAUACCUGAUAAACGAGCGUUGGUGUGGAAUGAAGUGGAGAAGGCUUGGAAGGGCGUGGAGGAGAGUCGUUUGAGCGAGGCGCGGGAGUAUUAUCGUAGGUGGUGA